ACACCUGGCGGCCGCGGGGGGCGGGCCGAAGGCAAGCGUGGGCUGGGAUUGGCUGGGGCAGUGCGGGGAGGGGAGACGGUUGUAGGGCUCUUGCUUGUGCCCGAGCCUGUGCGGCCUGAGGGGCGCGGAGACUCAGGGGGAGGGAGACGGCAGCAGCAUGGCGGCCGGGUAUGAGCCGCCCAACCCUCCUCUUCCCCGCUGUCGCCGCCGUCGCCGCCGGAAUCGCUGGGACCGUUUAGUCUGCGUGUGUUAGUUUUAAGCCCGCUGCCCGCCCGUCAGUCCUCUGGUCCACCCGCCCUUCUUCCUUUUUCUGCCACAGGCAGCCCGAGGGUCGGGCGGGCCAGAUAACUCCCACUCCCACCCCACCCACAAGCCCCGGGCCGGGACCAUGGAGGACGUGAAGCUGGAGUUCCCCUCGCUCCCGCAGUGUAAAGAAGACGCUGAGGAAUGGACCUACCCUAUGAGACGAGAGAUGCAGGAAAUUUUACCUGGAUUGUUUUUAGGUCCAUAUUCUUCUGCUAUGAAAAGCAAGCUACCUAUACUACAGAAAUAUGGAAUAACCCAUAUAAUAUGCAUAAGACAAAAUAUUGAAGCAAACUUUGUUAAACCAAACUUUCAACAAUUAUUUAGGUAUUUAGUCUUGGAUAUUGCAGAUAAUCCAGUUGAAAAUAUAAUACGUUAUUUUCCCAUGACUAAAGAAUUUAUUGAUGGAAGCUUACAGACUGGAGGAAAAGUUCUUGUCCAUGGAAAUGCAGGGAUCUCCAGGAGUGCUGCCUUUGUUAUUGCAUACAUUAUGGAAACAUUUGGAAUGAAGUACAGAGAUGCAUUUGCUUAUGUUCAAGAAAGAAGAUUUUGCAUUAAUCCUAAUGCUGGAUUUGUCCAUCAACUUCAGGAAUAUGAAGCCAUCUACCUAGCAAAAUUAACAAUACAGAUGAUGUCACCACUCCAGAUAGAAAGGUCAUUAUCUGUUCAUUCUGGACCCACAGGCAGUUUGAAGAGAACACAUGAAGAAGAAGAUGAUUUUGGAACCAUGCAAGUGGCGACUGCACAGAAUGGCUGACUAGAGCAACAUUAGAGAGGAUGUGAAUUUCUAUUUGGGAAGGAGGAAAUACUAGAGACAAUAAUAAUGUAAAAUGGUAAAAACACAAGUCUUUUUUUUUUUUUUUUAAAUUGUAUGUUGCUUCCAGGCGUGUUUCUCUGCAACUUGUUGAGCAACAUUUUAAGAAGAUGUUGGACUUCUGCAAUAGAUGGCACUGAUGGUUUUACUCCUUUCUUCUUUUUCUUUCUUUCUUUUCCUUUUUUUUUUUCUUUUUUUUCUUUUUUUUUUUUUUUUUACACUUUACAGUUUUAUUAUAAACCAAGAAUUUUGGACUUGCAAAGAGGUAUUAUUGCAAUAAUGCACUUUUCAUACUUGAAAUUUAUUUGUAGGAUAUAAAGUUAUUACUUUAAACAAAAUGCAAGUUAGGGGGGAUUUGUUUAUAAAAUCUGGGUAAUUUAUAACGAGAAUUUCCUAAAGUUUGCUAAUUCAUUUUGUGUUCUAUAUAUUACAUUUUAAAAAUAAUUUUACAGUUCACUUUUAUGAUGGAAACAUUAACAAAUGCAGGAAUCUGCCACAUUUGUUUUAGUGUAGUUUAGUAGCCUCAUUACCCUUUUAUUUUUUUUAAACUUAAUACCUUAUUAAUAAUCUUUGAAUCAUGACAUUAGCUAACUCUUACUUUAACAUGAUCCAAGUAUUGCUUCCAUUCCUCUUCCUAAUUUGUUUAUUCUAUAGAAAAAAAAAGUUUAAUGAACAAAGGAAGACAUUUUGCUUGGUAAUACUAAAAAACUAGGAGUUUGACUUUUGGGUCACUUUCCUUUCUUCUUUAAAAGCCAAAUGUUGUGUUUGUUCUUUCUAGAGUUGUUUAGCCCAUUUUUUCUUUGUCCAAAAUAGUUCUAGAAGAGUAACCAAUGUAGCAUUGUUUCUAAAUGAAGCCCAAAAAAGAAAAGUGCCUUGCAUCAAUAAAAAAAUAAAUCUACACCUUUAAAUUAGUAUGUAGAACAGUACAACAUUUUUAACAUUUUUCUGUAAUUUCUUUUUCUUCUUAACUCUAAGUUAAAACAGAGGUUUAAAGAAACCUCAGUAAAUUAUUUGGAAUAUGGAACAUUUACUUCUUCAUUUUAUGUUGUCUUAAUGAUUCUGUGAGGUUGUUCUGGCUCAGCAGCUUUUCUUUGAAGAUGCAUUUAUUGGGGAAAGUGGUUUGUGGGAAACUUCACUGUAUUUAAAAUUAGUGUUUUAAUUCUUCACGUUGAGUUAAUCCAAAUUUCCCCCAUAAUUUGCAUUAGCAAAGUCACUUUAUGGAUCCUUAAUUCUCCAUAUUUUUAUUUAUACAUAUAAAGAUUGUUCUAAGAAAAACAUUUUUGCUAUUUUAAGUAUGCCACGAGGAAGGAGAGGAGUGUUUUUAACUUUUUAUAGUUGAUUUAGGGUAGCACAAACAAAACUCGUUUAUAUCUCACUUUUCUCAGUCCUCUCUUGAGGUGCUUUACUGAUGGGAAUGGUUUUCCAUACGUUCCCUUGGUACCAAUAGGUACUAUGCAAGGUAACCCAUUACAAGAAGUUACUUCUUUGCUUUUUUCCCUGCAAUGUAAUAUAAUACAGUUAAGAGCUUUUUUUUUUUUAAUCCAGCGUAACAGGAGAUUGGAAAUUAAAAUUGCUUUAUUGAGUUAAUUCCUGUUGACCCAGAUGGUAUUCCUCUUCUGAUUCCCUUCCCCUAUUUUACUACCCUGAAAACAGCCUAUUAUUAAUCCCAUUGUAGUCUUGUAUUCUGUUGUGUAAUUAAGUCAUUUGGUGUGGUAGUCUAGUAGAGUCAAGAUUUGCAUUGUGUUCAGAAAAUCCACUUGGCAAAGUGCCAGAUGCAAUCUAGUAUCUAUGAUGCUUCUUCAUUUGGCAGAAACUCGGCUUAAGAGAAUCUUUGUUAUAGUACAUUUAGGUUUUAAAAUGAGGGAGUUAAGAUUUUAAAAAUUAGUUUAAGUACACAUAUCCUCUCUAGUAGUUGGGCCAAAAAUACAGAUUUGGUCAUUUAUUAAUUUAAAGCUGGUAAUCUUCCACUUUUUCUAACCACUGUAAUUUUUAUGUUGCCACUGAAGUGCCUGCCCAGCACUGUAUAUUAAAGACUGUCUCUUGAACACUAGGAAAAGGGACUAUCAUCUUCUUGAGUACAGUACUAAUGGGGACAAAACAUGAAGUUUAUUCUUUUUUCAUGUAAGAAUACCCCAAGUUUGUUUUACCUUGGAUCCAUUCUUCCACCUAAUAUUCAGCCAGUUCUGGUAGCUCUUCUAAUCUUUCUUCUGUUUGGUUCCAUUUCUGAAAUCCUUUUAUUUCUACAAAUGUUUUGUGAUAGUUACAUAUAAUACAUUUAACCAAUCAUGAUUUUCUAAAACAUUUAAAUAAUGUAUGAGUGAUAUAGCACCCAAUUUUAAAUAUGUAAUCUGGGCAAGAAUUUAAGCUGAAAUUACAGCAAAACAGGAAAACUUCUUUACUGUCCCACUUUAAAAGUAUGAAACAAAUAUUGAAAAUAUUCAAACUAGAAUGGCAGAAUUCUUACUUUCUAAUUUUAGUUAAUUAAUGUUAAUUUCUUAUCCAUUGGGUGUUUAUACAGCAGUUACUUUUAUUUGUCUCUGUGGUGGAAAUGUUAAACUGGGAUAGCUUCUGCUACCAGUUCUCAAGUGUUUAACUUUUAAAGCAGAAUAUUUGUUUUGGGGGGCGGAGUUGUGCUUCAUCUGAGUUUAGAAGUAAUGUCAGAAAAUGUUAAGCAUGUCCUUUUAAAGAGAAUAUAAGGUUUCUAAUUGUCUUAUUACCAUGGUAAUUCAAGUGAAUUAGAAGUAUUUAACUGCAAUCUUGAAUUAUAAAGUUGGGAUGCAUAUAUAUGUGUCUAUGUGUGUAUGUAUAUAUAUAAUAUAUAUAUAAAUAUAUAUAUCGAUAUAUAUACAUAUAUCAGGAUCUCAACUUGAUGUAAAGUAAAUGAGCAGUUACCUGGCGGAUUUUUUUUUAAAUAACUGGUUUAACCCAUAUUUCCAUAACAAACUUAGCUUCACUUCAGUAUUUACUUUAUCUUUGCCCAUUCAACAAUGCUCCAAUAUGGAAAUGAUAGGAAAUAGCUGAGAAUUACUAAAAGAUUUUAUUUUAUUUUUAUUGAUUAGAAAGUUUCUAGAAUCUUUGAAUGCUGGAUUUUUUUGUCUUACCCAUCCAUGGCAGCUAAAAAAAAAAAAAAUCAAAAUAUUCAGGUUUACAUGUUAGCUCUCUCAUAGGGAGUUGCCAUACCUCACAGUUCAAAGUGUAUUCUAUAGAUCAGUAACAUUAUACUGACAUGUAAUUGCAAUUUACUAUGCAGCAAAAAUGAUUCAAGAAAAAUAACCUACAGUGUCUAUUUACCUUUGUAUAGGCAAUUGCUUAAGUUACCCUGCUUUUAACAUUUGUACUUGGAUAAAAUGCUUAUGUAUGUAUAGGAAUGUCACAGUGCAAGAUGCUGCUAGCCCAGGCACAAAGUAUUAAAAUUAUUUUGUGAAGA